AUGGAGAGAUACACCUUUGCACGACGUGCGCUCAGCGCGAUGCCUACUACACCUGACGAUGUUGUCUUUCUCGCAGCGGUCUUUAUUGCAUUCGGUUCCGGAGCCUUACUUCUUGACUGGAUUCGCCGUGUUCGUGACGUUGGAUUGCAGAAGCAGUGGCACGAUGCGCAGAUGAGGACCUUGCAGGAAGGGUUCGCUACUCUCGAACAGUUACCGCAGCAGUUGAUCGCCAUCAACGCCAGUAUCGGCGAGCUUCGCGAGAAGGCAGAUGGAGCUACCGAUCGAUUCAAUACUAUAAGCGACCGUAUUAACGAUCUCAGCCAAAGUGUUGGUCAUCUCCAAACCGUUGGCGCUGGUACUCACGAUGUCAAGAGGUCCUCAAUUGUGCAGCCAACAACGGAUGUAAGCUCGGCGGAUGCGAACGAGCUUCCUGUGGCGGUCAAAUCACAUAUAAAGAAUCUGGAGAGCAAGAUGAGCGAGAUUACCAAACGAAAGGACGAGCUAGAGCAGGCCAAUGUGAGCUUGAAGGAAGACCUUGAGCGCGCCAUCAAGUCUCAUGGAGAGGAGCAGAGUGGCGAGUACAAGACACUGCUCAUGCAGAAUGAAGAGCUUCAAACUCAGGUCGCCCAAACUGAACGGUCUUCACGAAUCCUUGAGCAAGAAAAGGAGCGCGUAGCUGCCAAUGGAGACCCCGCGAUGAAGCAGCAGGAGGAAACGAUAAAAAACUACGAGAACGAGAUCGAGGGACUAGAGGAAAGACUGGCAUUGGCUCAAAAAGAUCGGGCUACGGCGAGAGAGGAGACGAAGCAAGUGUCCUCGGAACUCGAAGAAUUGGAGAGAAAGUUAUCAACGGCGCAGAGCGAUCAGGAUGAGAUGAGAAAAGAGAACGUCCAUCUGUCUUCGGUGGUCAGUGAAUUAGAGUCAAGCCUGUCAUCAGCUCGAAGUGAUCAGCAAAGGAUGACACAAGAGGUCGAAAACCAUUUGGCUAUGGUUAAAAGACUACGAGAUGAUCUGUCAUCAGCUGAGCAUGAACGGGACCAGCAAAGAGAAGCAAAUGAGAGGCUCUCUGGGCUUGAUGAGGGCACAAGACAGUCGGAAGCGGGUCAGAGCGCGAUCGUAGACGAACUCAAAGAAAAGCUAAAAGCAGAGAGUCUCAAGAGCGCUGACUUAAAAGUCAGAAACGAUGUACUCACCAAAGACAUCGGAAAGAACGAGGCUCGUAUCGAAACGAUGAAAGCGGAUGAAGUGCAGAAAAAGCAGCAGCUUGGCCGUCUCACGAGCCAAGUCGAGUCGUUGGAGAGGCAAAAGAUAGAUCUAGAAGCGACGUUGGAAGAGCACAGUCAGGCAAAGGAAAGUGAAGAUCAAGCUGAGGAGCAUGGCGAAGGACAACAGAACAAUAAUUCUAGUGAUGCUUCAGAGCAGAGAGACGAGCCGCAGCCAGAUAUCACGAAGUUGCCGACCUCGCCUCAGCAAUCGAACACGUCAGGAACUGCACCUGAUGAUAACUGGGUAGAGGUGGCCGCUCAAAUUCCUACAGCCCCAGAGGGGAGACCGACGACCGGUGGCGAAAGCGCAGAAGUUGAUGAAGCCUUGAGUCCUGUAGUGAAACUUCCCAUGGCGCCAGCCGCCGAGGCCAGUGGAAGACCAGCCACAAGAAAAAGCUGGGCAGAUGACGAAGAACAAGAGUUCGAUCCAGAGAUCCAGAAAUUUGCUGCUAGAACGGCAAGCCUUCCAAGUACGAUCUCAUCAACCAACUCUCCAGCGCAAGAGAGCCCCGACUCCCCAGCCCCCAAACCACAACCUACUAUCGAUACUAGUGUGGGAAACAAUGCUUCAGACGCGACUACCCCGCAUAUCAGCGCAUCGUCACUGCCAGCUGGCCCGUCCCCCACGUCUGAAAUUGUAACAGCCCUUUGCAAGUACUGCAACAUUGACGUCCCGGUCGAGAUGAUCCAGUUGCCCAAUGGAAGGCGGUAUCUAGACUGGCCUAAGCAUUGCAGAGAGACGGGUUGCAACAUUAAUGCACGGGGUAGCUUUUCUCGGCCGCAAAGCCGUGGAGGCCCAGGAUCUCCCAGCUCCGCAGGUUUCAGUCCAGGUGGCUUCCAUGGGAACUUUCCAAACCCUAACAGGAGUAGACCUGACAGCAGGAACAGCUACGGUAGCGGUCGGGGUUCGAAGCCUUCUAGUCCUGUCGACAUGAGUCCCGGUGGUCGUCGUGGAUCUUUUAGUCCUAGGGGAAGAGGCGGAUUUGAAGGCAGAGGUGGACAUGGUAGGGGUAGGAGCUCAGAGCGUUCUAGUCCUGUAAUGAAUAGUCCAGGUAGUUAUCAGAGCUCCGAUAAUGGCGGCGAUGGAGGACAAUACGGUAGGGGUGAUAGAAGCAGGCCCAGUGGCGGUGGAGGCGAUUGGAGGCCUCACCGGUUUGCAAAUGAUGGAAAUGAUCGAAGUAGUGAAACUUAUUGA